AUGUGUAAGAGGUUCGAGGAUGGGCUAAUUGAAGACAUCAAUCUGCUAGUUGGGAUUUUAAAGUUGAAAGAGUUUGUGGUAUUGGUCGAUCGAGCUUGUAAUGCUGAAGAACUGAGCAACGAGAAGAGAAAAGCUGUGGAUGAAGCUAGAGAUGUAAGAAAGAAGCCAAUGAGUAAUGUGAGAUAUAAUAGACCUGAGUGUCAGCAUUGUGGUAAACAACGUUUCAGGAAGUGUUGGACAAUUUGCCGGGCUUGUUUCAAAUGUGGUUCCCGAGAACAUUAUAUUAAGGAUUGCCCAAAAAGGGUUGAAGAAGGAAAAUUUCAGAGUGCCAGACAGACUAGUGCUGCUAAUAGAGGUAGACCUCUGAGAAAUACUGGAAGUGGAGCUAGCAGUCGAAGUGUGACAAAGGAAUCAACUGGUAGAUCGGAAGCUAGAGUACCUGCUAUAGCUUAUGCCAUACAUGCUCGGGAAGAGGCGUCAUCUCCUGAUGUGAUCACUGGGUUUGAAGCUUAUCUUGCUUAUGUAUUAAACACUAAAAUGUCUGAGUCGAAGCUUGAAUCAGUACUGUCAGUCUACGAGUUCCCGGAUGUAUUUCCAGAAGAAUUGCCGGGGUUGCCUCCGAUUAGAGAGGUAGAGUUUGCUAUUGAUUUAUUACCUAGAACUGCACCAAUUUCGAUCUCUCCAUACAGAAUGGCUCCGACUAAAUUGAAUGAAUUAAAAGCUCUGUUGUAA